UCUACACUCACCGGUCUGUUCUCUGAUUGGCUGCUGCAGGAGAGAGACGCAAAUGAUUGGUUGAAGAUUUUCCUUAUGUACAGUACUGACACCUCACUGUACCUCACAGCACUGACACUGUAGAAGCACGUGAACCUGCUGGGCUGCCAUCUCGUUUCUGCACAAGAGCAUUGUGCACUCUGAAUUGGAGGUCAAAGUUUUGCUUUAAACCAACCGAUGGUUCACUAUCUUCCAUUCAUGCCGGACUUGAUCCAACUAAAGAAGCUCAGAGUAACGUCUGCUGGAAAUGCAGUUUCAUCACCAUUGUAAAGAACUUUGAAUUCAUAUCAGGGUGGAGGUUUCCAUAAUUUGCAAAUGCCGAUAAGUGUCAUGUGGCAAGAUGGCAAAUGCCUCGACACAAUGGGCGAGAUUGACAGUAAUGGCAGCUGUGACAGCAUGGUCAGCUUCAAUUCAUGCUUCAGUGAUGAAAGUCUGGAGUAUCUCUCUGCUGAGGAGAAGGCUUGUCUCAUGUACUUAGAGGAGACCAUUCAGUCACUGGAUACGGCGGAUGACAGUGGCCUGUCCAAUGAUGAGACUGAUCAGCUGCCAGCUCGAGGAAAUGUGGCUAACAAAGCGGCCCACCUCUCUUCGUCAACAAGACUCAGCAAGGUUUCUAAUCAAGAUGUACCCAAAAGCCAAUUUGAAGGUCCAUUCUCAUCUAGCAGCUUAGUGCAAAAUGACAUUCUGAAUUAUAUGGUUCCUACUCCAUUUGUCCUUGCAAACCACAACUCACAAAUCCAAACCAGACCUGAAAUAGCUGCAUCCCAGAAAAAGACGGCACCCAAAGUGGCUUGUGAGCUCCAUCAAGAAGCUCCACGGGUUCCCUCUGAAGUCAAUGUGGUACUGAUACCACCUCCACAUAAAAUCAAAGGCAGUAAAGACAUAGUUGAAGAACAACAGAAUAAACAUCAGCCAGAGAAUGUGGCACGUAGAGGACCACUCUCGUAUGAGGCUCUGGUGCAUCUGCGCAAGAGUGCAUCGAUGCGGAGAACCAAUGCUACAGAAGCCAAAACCGGAGAACAGCAGUUUUCUACAAAUAAAGAUCAUGAGGGAGGCAUCUCUGGAUCCCAAACUCUCACACAGGCCAUGACAAGUAGGAGCUCCAAGCCCACUCCUCCACCUGUGGCCCCUAAACCUAAAAUGAAAACCCCACACAAGGUCCCAGUGAACCAGGAAGAAGCCUCCAACCCUAAGAUCGACUCAACCAUGCCUUACUCAGGAGUAUUGACAGUGGAUAAAUUAAUGAACGUAAGAGUGGAGGCUCUUUGCAAGUUGGGACUCCUCAAGGAGGAUACAAAGAACCCAAUCUGUCAACGACAAAAGCAUUCAGAGUCCCCAGCAAACUUGGUGCAAAACCAGACCACAAAGGAAUGUCUUGCUCCAAAUCAGCCAGUACAAACUUGCAGUCCUCUCCACCAAAGGUCUGUGAGCGAUCUUUUGGCAGCUUCUUCUUUUCCACAGCAUGCCAAUAUGGCUUCAACCAGGAAAUCUGCUACACUGGAACGCACUGGGAUGGGACUGUCAGGAUCUAACAUCACAGUCUUAAAUGCAGUUUCUCAGAACCACCAAUCAAGUUCUUCUACAGUAGAAACCAAAAACCAUUUUACAGACACACAAAUUAAUUCUAAUGAAUCGGCCUCCAUAAAAGCAGAAUUGCAUGCAUCAUCUCGUUCCAAAGGCUUCAAUGUGUCGGUUCCUAGCAUCGGAAGGGAUCGGAGAGAGGCAUUACGAAAACUAGGAUUGCUGAAAAACUGAGAUUUGUUGACUAUUCUCUCCAGUCGUGAUAUAUCAAAUAAUGCUUCUGGGUCUAAGCCUCUUUUCCGUUUUAAGUGAGAAUACCAUUACAACAGCCAUUUAUGAGCACUGUUCAUUCUCACAGUGUAAUCUCCAGUCUCAUGGUGUCCUGGACACCAAUAUUUUAACAUUUUUUAAAACAAUAAUCACUCUGUAGCCUAGUAAGAUUGGGGUAUGGAGAUAAAAAUUUGGUUCAUGAUUUUCAGUAGGACUGCAGCACACACUGAGCGUAUAUUAUCAUUGUUUGUUGUUUGCUUUUGGCAUCUGAAGAAGCGUUUGGACCAUAGACUGUAUGGUUUGGACCCAGAAACUGUGACACAUGACGUCUGACUUAACAACCAAAUAAUAAAAGUGGAGUGUGCAAUUUUAUAAUGUUAAAAGCCACUGGUAGGCUGAUUCCUCUGAAAAAUGUAAAAACAUACUGACCAACAUCAGCUCAACCAAUGGUCAUUAUUUUUGCGAUUCGUACUAGUUGCACAGAAAUUGCACAGUUCACUUUUAACAAUUUCAAGUAAUACAGUGUGGCACUUUACCUUUAGUCCAUUAAUUAUUGAUUCUAAAUAGUGACUAUAACAAAUGGAUGCCUUUGCGAUAAUAGAGUAUGUUUACUUUUCCGGGUGAUCCUAAUAACUUUAAUUUGGAACUAGACCUAAGUAGAUGCUCCAAAAUCCUGCUCCAAAACUCUUUAUGAAUCAUUACUGUUUUGCUAAUCAGUUGCUUUAGAAAAUCACUUCCUGUUUUUUUCCAAAUACAAUGGAGGAGGCUAUAUCUGCUUCACCAGAGACUGUUGAACCUGAGGAACCCAGGCUUCCAAAGAUCAGCUAUCAGUCAAACUCCUCAUUUUACACACCGGUCAGUGAGAUCUGACACAGCACUUCAGUGGAUUAGCGCAUUAUCUUGAGUUGCAACCAACAGACUGGUGUUCAUGUUACCUGGCCUCUCAGAUUCAUCUGUCAUUAAAGUUCUUUAUCUCGCAAUGUGACCUAGUUCAUGACUUAUACUGAGAAUGGUUCCUUCUGUUUGUAUUUACUCAGUUAACAGUUGCCCUUUGACAGCUGCUCAUCUAACCAAAUCCACACAAUAAUGCACAUGGAAAGCAGCCAUAAAUUACUGCAAUGUUUAACCACGGAACACACAUGAAUAAAGCAAUAAUUUCUUACUUGGUUUCAAGUUUGUCUGGUUGCUGUGCUGUAUGAUCAUCAGAUAGCAGAAUAUUAUGCUUAAACUGUAUCCAAGUCCAAGUACUGUGCUUUGCA